AUGGCGGAAAGCUCAAGUGAAAAGAUGGCGAGCGAAACAGCAGACGAAGAGCCGUUUAAAACUGUUCCAGUAAAAAGAAAACGAAAGAGAGGGAAAGUUGAAGAUAUGGACACUUCUGAGGCAUCAAGGCGACCUAGUUUCCCGCCGGCAAAAGCCGAGAAAUUGAUGGUAUAGCAUCAGCAUGUAAAAAGUUUUUGUUGCUCGUGCAUGCUCGAUCAACAGCAACAACUAAUGCACUUGCUUGGAUAGAUUUUUGGGAUUCAUUUUGUUACUUUGCAUUAUAGGAUGGUAAAAAAGAGGCUAGAAAAAUACCGGUUCCACCACACCGAUAUACACCUCUGAAAGAAAACUGGAUGAAAAUCUUUACACCCAUCGUGGAACACUUGAAGCUACAAAUUCGUUUUAAUUUGAGUGCAAGAAAAGUCGAAAUUCGGGUAAGGUAUUCCAUUACCAAUACCAUUUAAUCUUUUAAUUGAUUUAUAAAUAGUAAGUAAUCCCUAUAAUGAGUCAGUGGUCUGUACAAAUCUUAAAACAAUGAACAAACACUGCCCAAAACUGAAGUGGACUAGAAAAAAGCCUUGCCAUCACCUUACUGGCAAACCCACACAUUACGCACUUAUCGUUGGCUUUCCCCGGGGUUCAACUCCUGCAGAUUUGUUUUUACCAUCAAACAAAACUACGUCUGGAUUGAAUGGACAUGGUAAAGAUCUAUUAAAACAAACCAGGAAACAAAAUAAACAAAAAAAAAAGGAAAUCUAGUGAAGACUGCACCUGGAGUAGUUACUGAAGUCAUCAAAAACUAAAUGCUUGGUGUUAAGCUAAAGCCGGUCUCAUGGGUGUUGCAUGCCAAAUGGCAUCGUCAUGUUCAGAGUAUUCACUUCAAGAUUAUUGCUUACUAUUGAUUGUUAUCGAUUUUGUUAAUCAAUAAUAAUCGAUAAAUUAGUUUUCUGUGACUUCAAUUUCUAUCGACUUUCGACAUCAAUCAGUAUUAAUCGGCGGGUUACAUCGAUUAUUAUUGAUGAUAUUGAUUGAUUUCCUAUAUUGAUUUUAAUCGAUUAACUACAUAUGGUGUAUAUAAUUUAAAUAUUUCAUUGUAAGGCGCAUUUGAAAACCUGGUUGAAUUUGCACGGUACAAAUGAAUAUAUAAUAAUAAUUAUUAUUACUAUUAUAAUUAUCAUUACUAAUUCUUUCUUAAUGCGACUCGUUGAAAUCAUAAGAACACUGAUUUUGUUCUUUACUAUGCUCUAUAUUAAUUUAUGAGGUUGCUGCAGCGACAAAGAGUUAUUUUCUGACACUUUCACAGUGGUUAUAUUUCUUUCCUUAUUAUGAACCGUGCUUAAGCUAUUAAAAAAAUCAACACAAAGAGCAUUUUUUUCCAGUUAGUGUUUUGUUCUUUUAGUAUUUUAUCAAUUAAAAGAACUGCGCAGCUGACUGACUCAAUAAUGCUGUUCAGACAACAUUGUGUUAAUGUUGAACUUCUACUGAAUAAUGACUUAAGUCUUUUCCGAUGAUAGUAAUAAUUACAUCGGAACAAUCAUUAAAAAAAAUCAUUAUUGAUUUCUAUCAGAAAUCUAUAUAAGUAACAACUUUUUUUUAUCAAUUUCUGUCAAUUGAUAUUGGAAAUCAAUAUUCAUCAAUGCCAUACUAGGGAGCAGCAAUCUGCGAACCUUCACUCUAAGACUUGUUUAUUGUCCUACACAUAGGCCUUUAUAAAUAAUUAUUGUACUAGUAAAAGUAGAAUAUUAUGCCAGUAGCAGUGCCCAAUUUUUCUCAAAGUUAUGCUUGUUUUUGAAAAUUAUGCUAAUUUUGGCAAAAUAAUGCAGAAAUUAUGCUUAUACUUUUUACUUUAAGUUGGUAAAAACACCUCGAUAACUAUGCAAGAGACAAGUGAAUCUCAUUUACUCUGUUUACAUCUAGAAUCUUUUUACAUGACCACAUAAUUCAUUAUAAAUUACCUUGCUAUUACUGUCUUGCAAGGUAUAUGUAGUUAUAGAUGAAUGUAAAAAGGUAAGCAACAAAAUUGUCUAAACACUAUAUAACUCAAACAAUUAAAAACCAGCAUGUGAUCACCAUUGUUGGUAACUGGACUAGUUAUACAGAUGGGUUGAGUUCUAAAGAAAGAAUCCUGGCUCACUUCCUGUGGGACCCAGGUCCCAUGAAUGUGACAAUAAGCAGACAAAAAUAUCAUUUGUUACUUAAAAUGCCUGUAACAAUGAUCUCGGACCUAAAAAAAUUGGUCGCCUGAUCAAUGACAAUUUUCUGUUGCAAAUGUAGAUCCUUCUAACCUGUGAACAGGCCUUUGGUAGGGAGAGGGAAAAGCGAAAAGGCCUGUAGACAAACAUUUGGGACUGCCGUUCCACGGCACCCGCUGUGCAUCAGAUCCUGAUGCAAGCUCCUAUUGGCGAGAACGCUGACUGUUGACAGGUCCAAUUGACAUCGGCUUUUCGAUCGGCACGUAGUGCGCGAUUUGUUCUCAAAGUGGCAAUAACAAAACACGCCAAAGACUAUUAAGCUUGUUCAAAACAAAUUCCAAGGGAGGAACUAUGCGCUCCAGUCAAGAGAUUCACACUAUCUUUACAAAAACACUAAGAUGGAAUUUACUGAGUCACAAUGCAAUUCUCCAUAGUUGAUGUAGCUUCGGUUUAAUCUGCACUUGAAUCUUAUAACUUUGGAUCUGUAAAUUACUAUCCGUGAUAAUUUUUAAACAUUCCGCAAAGAAAUCUAAUGAGCUGGGCCCAGUGUGAUACGACAUUUCAGAACUGAAAACAUUACAUUCACGGACUAAAUAAAAUUUCUUAGUUAUUCAGAUCCAGAAGGCACUUUGGAGAAAAGUAAGACCCUUUUUCAGCCGCAAUAAAAAGGUUUACGUUUCAAAAAAGGUCAAAGAAAACGCUCUUGCAUUCAGAGGGCAAAUCCUGCCGACCAGAGACAAAAACCACAGUAAAUCGAUAUGUGUGCCAUGACCUCUCAGUGUGAAACAAGUGGCUAAAAUCACAUUUGCUCAGUGAAAAUGUAGAACUUACCAGAGCAUAAUCUACCCAGCAGAAGAAAAAACUAUGAGAACAAGCUGCAUUUUGGCAUGAGGCUAAUGUCGUGUAGGCCACCACCCCCUUUUAUUGCUAUAAAUACAGGAUAAAUACCCGAAGGUGUAGUUCUUGUCGGCGAUCGAAGUGCUGCUGAUCUCUUUGUACUUGUCUUUGGAGCUUUACGUUCUGGAGAAGUCAUGAUAGUAUCUGUACCUUUCGCAUUCCAAGUUCGCUCAUUGCAGGGGCUUGUUAAAUUAGAAACUGAACUAGCAAGACGAACGGACCGUCGCGCACAAGUUAAGCAGCUUAAAUCGGAAAAGCUUUCUCCUUGCUCAAGGGGAAAUCUUGAGGAUUCAAAUGCUUGAGCUAGUACAACGCUGUCUUGGCCACUGUCAACCAGCAACGUCUUAUUUCUUGAAACGCCAAAGACCGGCACCACAUUAAUUCUCUUACCGGAGAUCAACGACUUUUCGCAAAAUCGACAAUUAGGCUCGAGGUCCAAUCAAACAAGGUUCAUUUCCCGUUAAUUUUCCCAGGAGUUACUCACGCGCGAAAUUGAUUGACAGAUAACGAUCUUAAUGACAGAUGUUCGGCAGGAUAAUUACAAGAGGGCAGAAUAGCGGCCUCAAGUGUUUGUCUACAGGCUCUCUCUCCCCCCUUUCCCUUCCCUUUCCUCACUAUUUUUUUCCCCAAACAGAGAGCCUGUUCACAGGCUAAGAUCCUUCUGAUCUCUUUGUAUGCUUUAAUGAAUUACAAAGAAAGAUAGCUCUACUUUAUCCUUUAAUGUGGCAGUAAAACUUUCUUAACCAGGGCCCUGACUCUUUCGAAAUUCUCAGAAAUUGUUUCAUAUCUGAUCGGCUGAUGAACUGCCCCAGGGGGUUACUCUAGAUUUCAGGUGAUAGGGAUGAUUGAAGGUUUUUUUGGGUUUAAAGUUUUUGAUUCCGAGAGUUUUUUGGGUAGCAAAAUUUGUCAAGUAUUUUGUUAGGUGGCCCAUAUGGCCGCAUGGCCAUGUAUCUCAGCCAGGCAGUUCUUCGAUUAAAGUACAACCAAACUAGGUUUCCUUUCUGGAGAUUUUUAAGGCUCAGAAAUUUGGCAUGGGAUUUUUUUUUGGGGGGGGGGGGGGUUUUUUUGGUCCAAGGAUUUUUUGGGGUUUUGAUUUUGGGCCCAAUUAUUUUGGUAAUCCCUGUCACUUGAAGUUCAGAGUACCUCCCUGGGGAACUGCCAAAGCCAGACACCUUUAUUGUAGUUGUAAACUGUAUUGCUUAGUGAAGUUUAGGUGGCCCUGGGCGAGAUGAGUUCAUGACAACCAGCACUGCUUCUGUAAUCUCUGUUUCUGAAUUCUUUUUUUUUUGUUUUGUUUUUGUUUUUCAGACUUCCAAAGACACUACAGAUAUUGGUGCCAUUCAAAAAGCAGCAGAUUUCGUUCAAGCAUUUCUUCUUGGAUUUGAGGUAGAGGUAAGUGCGUUGGGUGGUUAUUUACAUCAUGUUUAUGAUAGGUGCAUGUGUCACAAUACUCUGUUUUGAUUAAGACUGGCUGGCCAGACUAAACAUUUUGAAAAUGAACUAUUAGUAUUUUCUCUAAAUUGUAACUAAAACCGAUUGCUGCUGUGCACACUAUUUAAACUGAUCUGGCCAGAUAGUCCUGGUCAAAAAAAUUCUCCUUACAACUUACUGGUCUGGCCAGUCCCAGUCAGUUCUGGCAAUGGUAAGCACCCUUAGUUCCUGGUUGAAUCUGAAAGGUGGUCAUAAUUUACUUAACUCUUCCAAUAUUGAUUACCAGUGGUUUUAAUGAUGACUUCUGCCAUGCUAAUUGUGAGAGUCUCAUUUCAAGACUGAUGCUUAGCUGGUCUUCAAGACAGUUAGCUCGGGUCCUGUUGAGACUCACUGACAGCAAUAAUGCAUUCUGAAAACCACAUUCUUGUUAAAAGGGCUGUGAAAGUAAUGCUUCAAUAAGCUGUAGAGAUAAUUGAAUUUUUACCAAUCGUUUCUUUAGGAUGCCUUGGUUCUGGUCAGACUGGAUGAUUUGUUUCUGGAAACUUUUGAAAUUGCUGAUGGUAAGAUACAUCCUUUUUAUUUUAAGAACCAAAGCAGAACUGAUUUUUACCGUGUUCAUACAGGUCAUGGAAAAGCUGGAAGGUUAUGAAAUUUAGGAAUUUCAUUUUCCAGGCCUGGAAAGUCAUGGAAUUUAUUAAUUGUCAGACCUGAAAAUUCAUGAAACGGGAAAAUCAAAGUUAUGUUUGGUAGAUAGUAAAGCAAGGACAGUGUAAGAUAGAAACAAGUCAUGAAGCAGCGUGAGUGGUACAGAUUUUGGUGAACACCAGAAUUUUUUAAAGUGACAGUUUAACAUAAAGUCGUGGAAGACUUGAAAAGGCUCUUUCCCAUGCUUGCUACUAUAUUGUAAAUUCUUAUUCUUCCCCUAGUGACCAAGUAAAGCACAGCAAAAAGCAAUCUGUGCAGUCUUUAUAAAAAAAACCCUGAUCUGGGUCAAGGGAAAACCACGAAAGUUCAACCAGUCAUUUUAAAAGUUUUAAAACUACUGUUUGUGAAUUGUAAAUAAUUAUUCCGGCAGUUUCUAAAUAAUUUAUUUUAUCCCUUUAAACAUCAUAUUUCUUUUGUAUUUUUUCGACCGAAUGUUCAUUUUUUUCUCGAGAGCGUUUUAACGAGUUGCGACUCCUGUGCUCCUCUUUUAAUAUCAACCAUGUCUUCUAUGUCUACGUCUUAGUGCUGGGUUUUACUCUGUUCAAAAAUUCAAGAUGAUUUAACAAGUAUUUUUUUUGUUUGUUUUCGACAGUUAAGCCACUGAAAGGGGAUCACCUCUCACGAGCCAUAGGGCGCAUUGCUGGAAAGGGAGGCAAGACAAAAUUUACCAUUGAAAAUGUAUCAAAGACCAGAAUCAUUCUUGCUGACUCGUGAGUUUUAACCAUGAAAGUUUUUCCUUACCAUUUAUUUUAGCAUUUAUAAGCUUUUUUAUUUCUUUUGUAAUUGCUGCGGAGCGACCGAAGGGAGCGAGCAGCAACAUAAUCAGGAUUUAAAGGAAAUAUAUAAGGGGCGACGAAUUCUCGAAUUCAUCACUUUUUACCACAAUACAUUGCAUUUAACGACACUUUUUACCACAAUGCAUUGCAUUUAACCAGAAUGCGUUGCGCCACGAACAACUCAAAUAAAAACACGGGGAAGUUCGGUGGGUGAGAGAGUGCAUCGUUCGCUGCUCAGACUUAGAGUUUUCUUUGUGGCAAAUUUUCUACAGCACGGUUAGAGGUCUUACCAAAUUUUAAGACACGCAGGAGUCUUUCAGAUGAGUACGAUGGUUAACUUGGGGAUUGGAUUUCAAUUCAAGAGCCUUUUUGACUCGUCCAGGUGUUAAACCUGACGAGAAGAUGAGCAUUUGCUAUUAUGCUUCGACUCCGCAACACGGGGGAUAUACAAAUUCCAGCUUGCUAGAAGGUGAUGUGAAAGUGAGAAAAUGUCAUGCAAUGCUAUUCUUAAGAAACUGUAUGAGCCGAAAAUGGAUGUGAUUUUGACCAUUCGCUUCAAAAUAAGAGCGGAAAUCGAGAUAACAAAACAUACGUUUUGUGUCCUAUUUUGCAGACGAGGACGUGUAUCGGCGUUUUGAAAAGCAUAAUUAUGUUCUUUCAUUCAUUUAUUGCCAUGGAAUAUGCGUUUACAUUGUUUUUUCACUGUCAAUAGCUCGGUUAAUGCGGCUGGCGAUCAUCUUGCCGGCGGAAGUUUUAUGGAAAAGGAGUAAAAUGAAAGACUUUUCCUAAUGACUACGUAGGCAGUCUCUGUGGUGUAGUGGUUAGGUGUAGUCGCGUUGAGUCGAAGGUGCCGGGUUCGAACCCUACUCAAAUAUCUAUUCCAUCCUUCUUUUUUUCCCCGUUUUUUGUGUUGUUGUUUUCUAUAAAUAUAUAGCUAAAUAACUGUUACUUAAUAAAGUGCAACAAACAGCAAGAAAAGUAUUGUGUUUCCAGAGAAAAUAUCGUGCACCGUAUAUUAAAUAUAUGGAUAAACGAUCUGAUUUCUAUUAUUUCCUACAAUUUACUGUGGGAAAACCAGAGUUGAUAACCACUUGAUCAUUUUCUAAACAACGUUCCCACGAGUUCUUUCUAUAGACUGAUAGUAAUUAUUCUAGUACUUUCCAACAUGUAAUGUCAUGUCAAAGUCAUUUUUGAUUCUUUUAAGUCUCACUGCCUAACUAAUGCCAGUAUCAACAGAAUGUGCCGCAGCAUUACUAUCUUUUAGAUACCCUAGUUGCAAUACCGUAAAGCUCCGAAAGAUACCACCCUCUUUACUUUCGGAUUUAGCACCCCUCUGCUGUCGCCCCUUUUGGAGGCUCGCUACUUUCGGAUGGCUAAAAUGUGUACUCCACAUGGGCACUUCAAAAGAUAAAAUCGCAAAAAAUGUGAAAGGAAUACUUUUUGAAAAAAGGUACCGUAUAUCCUGUACUUUAAGAGUUAUGAAUAGGAAUGUCAAAUAAUCAUUAUUAAUAAACCUCGGAUCAGUGUGGCAUUUGUCCCGGAUAUCUAUCAUAUCCUUUAUUUUUUUCCAAGACGGGAAAUUAGUUUUGAGGUCUCUACUUUCGGAGGUUCGCUACUCUCGAGGGUUCGAUUCUUUCAUAACUUUACGGUAAUCUCAUGGUUUGCUUAUCUCAAUUUUACAGAAAAAUCCAUAUCUUGGGAUCCUUUCAGAACAUCAAAAUUGCCAGAACAGCAAUUUGUAGCCUCAUUUUAGGUAUGUUGAUGUGUAAAUAUUGCUUUGUAAGUAUUUAGUGUUCAUCUUUUCACCCUGGGGAAUACUCCGACAGAAUGCGCCCAUUUUAUUAUACUUCAAAGAAGGACUUCAGUAAGAAGGACAAAUCGCUGCACUGGAGUACAAUAUUCUGGUUGGCCUGUGCUCAUAGUGUGAAUUGUUAUGUUUGUGUUACAGGAAGCCCACCGUCGAAAGUUUAUGGAAAUAUGAGAGCUGUGGCGAGUAGAACAGCAGAGAGAUUUUGA